UCUUGACGUCCGUGCGUAAAGAGAAGCUCGACGUGGCUGCUGCCUCAUUGCAUGCAGAGUGCGUGCAGCAGCCUCUGUGCGUCCUUCACUGGCUCCACGCGUGAGGACGACAUCAUCGUGGACCCCCACCACCACACGCACACGCACACGCACACGCACACACUUUUUUCUUGUGCUUGCGGAGAAAUGGUUGAUGUGACCGCAAAGUGGGCGCCUCCGCCUCCGAGCUGCUGCUGGUGACAUCGCGGACGAUCGUGGACGCGGGGGCAGGAGGGGCGACGGCCAACGUGGUGUGCAUGCAGAGGAGGACGCGCAGCCCCUCGGACAAAGCGGAAGAGGACGCCUGUGCCAAUAUUGCGCACAUCGGGGCUGCAGGAGUCACGCGCGCUUCUCACGCCGAGCGACAACCGACAACCGAGAACCGAGCGUGUGCCCCCGUAUCAUGGCUUCGUUGUACCAGAGGUUCUCCGGCAAGAUCAACACCGCCAAUUCCUUCCCGCAGCCACCCGAGGCCAGCCGCCUGCUCGGCGGCCAGGUGGCGGACGAGGAGCGCAGGACCCCGCCGGAUGCGAGGCUGCCGGUCCAGUGCCGCAGGAAAUGCGCGCGGGACGACGAGGAUGACCUGGUGGGCAGCUCGCCGCCACAGAGGAACUGGAAAGGAAUCGCCAUCGCCCUGCUGGUCAUCCUCGUCAUCUGCUCCCUGAUCGUCACCGCCGUCAUCCUGCUGACCCCCCGUGAAGAUGACAGCCUGGCCCUCAAGAAGAAGGUCACCCUGGAUGACGUCUUUGGUCCGGACCUCCGCGUCCACGACCCCGACGCCGUGUGGCUCGGCGGUAACGAGCUGCUGUAUCGCACAAGAGAAGGCGACGUCGUCAAGCUUAAUGUGGACACGGAGGAGAAACGUGUUGUUGUGCCAAACCAGAUGUUUGAAAGAUCGAAGGCCGCCAGGUAUCAAGUGUCACCUGACCUGCAGCAAGUGCUCUUCGCCUUCAACUUGAAACUGAUCUAUCAGCACUCCUAUGUGGCCAAGUACAUCAUUUACAGCCUUGUAACACAGGAAACUUGGCCCUUGAACCCUCCUGAGGUCCACGAAGCUGUGCUGCAGUUUGCUGGGUGGGGACCCAAAGGCCAACAGAUGAUCUUCAUAUUUGAGAACAACAUCUACUACAGAGCAACAGUAGAGAGUCGCACCAUCCGCCUGGUUUCCACCGGAAAAGAGGGUGUGGUCUUCAAUGGCCUGGCUGAUUGGCUCUAUGAAGAGGAGAUCCUGCAGAGCUACAAGGCCCACUGGUGGUCUCCCGAUGGCCUGCGUCUUGCCUACAUGACCAUCAACGACACGCUGGUGCCAAAGAUGGAAGUCCCGUUCUUCACAGGAACGCCAUAUCCCAACACUUUGGAAUACCACUACCCAAAGGCCGGGGAGGCAAACCCUGCCGUGCACCUGUCGGUGGCGAGCCUCAACGGUCCUCUGCACACUGUGGUCAUGAAGAAACCCGAUGACCCCCGAAUCGGGAAGGAAUAUUACAUCACAAUGGUGAAAUGGGCCACCAGCACCAAACUGGCUGUCAACUGGCUGAACAGAGCGCAGAACAACUCCAUCUUGACUCUGUGUGAGGCGACGACAGGCGUCUGCGUCAAGAAACAUGAAGACGAGAGCACAAGCUGGCUGCACAGACAGAACGAAGCACCGCUUUUUUCCCACGACGGACACAAGUUCUUUUUCAUCCGAGCGAUUCCUCAGGGUGGGAGAGGGAAGUUCUUCCACAUUUCUAUGUCCACCUCCACGCCUAACACGAGCACGGACAUUCUUCAGUCGCUGACCUCGGGAGACUGGGACGUCACCGACAUCCUGGCCUACAACCACCAGAGGAACCUCAUAUACUUCCUGAGCACGGAGGACGACCCCAAGCGGAGACACUUGUACAGCACGGACACGAUUCCUCCGUUCAACCGCUGCUGCCUGUCCUGCCAGUUCAAGUGCGGCUAUGUGGACGUGUCGUUCAGUCACAACAUGCGCUACUUCCUACUCAGCUGUAAAGGGCCUGACAUUCCCAGUGUGGCCGUCUACAGAACAGAGGACAAACAGAGUAAGUGCGACGUUUCAUAUUUGCGAGAAGAGAACUUAACUCGUGCGCAGACUGUCACGCGCCGGCGGCGGCGUGCGUGUGUGUGUGUGUGUUUAUCUGCAGAGCUGCUGGACGUGGAGACGAACAAGAGAGUCAACACGACGUACAACAACCUGCAGAUGCCCAGAGUGGAGUACCAGACCAUCAGCAUCGAUGACUACACCCUCAUCAUGCAGAUUCUGAAGCCGGCUGGGUUUGUAGACGCAGCCCAUUACCCCUUACUGCUGCUCGUUGACGGGACGCCCGGCGGCCAGAUGGUGACCGAGCGCUUCCAGGUGGACUGGGCCACCAUCCUGGUGAGCAGCUUCAGCACCGUCGUCAUCCGCUUCGACGGCCACGGCAGCGGCUUCCGGGGCACCAACCUCCUCCACAAAGUGCACGGGAGGUUGGGGAAGCUGGAGGAGAGGGACCAGCUGGAGGCGCUCAGGUUCAUAACCAAAGAGCCUUACGUCGACAAGAAUCGGAUGGGAGUGUACGGAAAGGCUUACGGAGGAUAUUUAGCCACACUGCUGCUGAGCUCGGACGAGUUCGCUCAGCUGAAAUGCGGAACUGCGGUCUCGCCCGUCACCGAUUUCGAGCUUUACGCGUCGGCAUUUUCAGAACGAUACCUGGGCUUAAAGACUGAUUCCAAAGUAUACACGAUGUCCAAUUUAGCUCACAGAGUCGGUCAGUUGGUGCAGAAGCAGUACUUGAUCAUCCACCCCACAGCAGACGAGAAAGUUCACUUUCAGCACACGGCCAAGUUUAUCAACCAUUUAAUCAGCAAGAAGGCCAAUUACACUCUUCAGAUCUACCCAGACGAGGGCCACUUCCUGCACAGCGAGGACACCCAGAAGCACCUGAGCCGCUCGUUGGUCAAUUUCUUCGGGGAGUGUUUCCGGCUACCCGAAGUGCCGAAGGACGUGCGGCGGGAAGCGGACGAGGACGACAGCUAGACCCGCACCUCCUCCCGUGGAUCGAUCGCCCCGCCCCGUCCGAGCCCACCCCCACCGAGCCCCUGGCACAAUACGCAACAUGUAACAAAAUCAAGUGACCCGACUCGGAAGUGCCGAACCCGCACGUUGCGACGGGCCUCGGCUUCCGCCCCCGCUGCCCCGCGCCCCCCCCUCACCUUGUGCUGGCUGCUGCCCCCCCAGAGGGAACGUGAACAGAUGUCCUAACCCCUUUCAAAGAAUCGGCCGUGUUGUCCGAUGGGAAAUCCUGGAAAACGGAAGAGGGGACAUUGACAACCUACAGCCCGGAAAAUACACUCACCAGACAGUUUAUUAGGUACAAUCUAAUGCACUCCAAAACACAAGCUGUAUUAUUUUUACAUAGCUUAUAAUGCUCAAGUUUUGAUAGCUUUCAUAGUAGGACUGCAACUAACGAUUUUUUUAAUUCCAAUUUUAAUAAUCAAUAGAUGAAUUCGGUGAGUUCGGUGGAGCUCGCUGUGACUGUCGAGCACACGUAAACAAAAAUUGCCAUCACGUCGCUCAAAAAAGUCAAGGUAAAUACUUUGAAAAGUUAUUCUUUACCAACUGUCAAUCAAAACUCAGCCUUAUUAUCUUUGUCGAUGUUGCACAAUUUUGGAUCGAGCUGCUGUUUUGGACGCCAUGAGGUGAGCGCAGCGCGCGCGUACCUAAUCUCGUGGUCGCGGAGUGUAACGUAAAAGUCAAAUUAGGAUAUUCGAUAGAUAGGAUAGGACCAGAUACGUGGUGUGUUUGCCACAAUUUAGCGCGAGACGGAGCAGUAAAACAGAACUGAGGUGGGGCCUCCAGGAAACCAGCACUUUUCAGCACAAAAUAUCGCCCCCUAUCGACAUGGAGACUGAACUGCUAGUUCCCGGUGACGGUCGCCUUGCCAACGCGUUAACUGGUUGUUGUGUUCACAAGUACAAUACUCUCUGUUUGGUGUUUUCCCACCCUAUACAGUAAGUGCCGUUUGUCUUUUGUACAAAGGAGUAUUAGGGAGACACUGAGAAGAAGAGAGAAAAAAAAAUACACUUAAGAUUUAAGUCCUAAUCUUACAAAGGUAAAGUUAUCUAUUGAUAAAAAAAGAGUUUCUAUUUUGGAGAAUUUGUUGUAUUUUCACAAAAAUAUAUAGUAUCUCAAAAACAAAUUUCUUUCUCAAAAAUUUACAACUUUUUCUCAUUAAAAAAUACUUUAAUCUGGCAAACAAACAAACCAUUCUUGAAUACACACUUUUUAUGUGCAAAUUUUUUUCACUUGGAAUUAUGAUUUUUUUCCCCUCUCUAAAACAUACAACUUCAUUUGUCAUACAAAUUGUGUUUGUUUUAAGUUUCGGCUUGUCCCAUCACAGGUUACUUCAACUUUGUUCUCCUAAAGUUAGGACUUGUUUCUCAAAAAUAUCGGAUUUUACUGUGGUAAAAUUACAACUUUAAUCUAAAAAAAAAAAUGUGUCUUUUCAUCUUGAAAAUACUUUCUCGUAAAGUUGCAACUAAAUCUAAAAAAAUGUAUCGCUGGCGUUGCGCGGAAUCCUCAUAUCUUCAAAAGCAACACUUUUCAGGGAACCAAAUAAUAAAAAAUAAAAAAAUACAUUAAAAAACGGCACGUUUGUUGAACCGUUAACACUGUAUUGUCAAACAGAGCGAUUUAUAGAAACAAGUAAAUCUACGAAAUUUAGACAUGGGAGGUUUCAGACCGAAGCAUUAAAAAACAUUACGUUAGUCUCAUUAAAUUAGAACGCUUUUUUCAUAAAAUUAUGAAUUUGAUCUCGAUAAUAUACAACCUUUAUGUAAAAAAAAAUAAAUAUAUGCACUUUACCUACACACACAUAUAUAUAUAUAUAUGCCAGGACGACUGGCAACCCUAACGACGAUAAGCAGUAUAUAGAAAAAGGACAGGCAGAUUUUCAGGUUGGCCUAAUACUCCUUGGUACUUUUGCGUGGCUGCGUCCGUUUGACAAAUCAAAGGCACAAUGUUGUAGUUCAUCAAACGUGUACAAAUAUUCAAUCGCGUCCACUCUUUGGGUUCUUUUUAGUCACCGUGCCUUAAAAAGUGGGCGGACGUUCAAUAUUAGAAGCCCACUUGACGAUGGAAGUGAGGGAAUAUGACUUCUUUUUCUGUUUGUGAGCAAGAAAAACAUUUUACUGAUAAAUUUGACAGUUUCGUGGAAGAUAUUAUACUGGUUUGGAAAUGUAGAUUUACAAUCAGCAGAUGAUCUGGGGAGUUCUCCAUGUUGAAGUCUCAUUAUGUUGUGAAUUAUUUUUGUGUGCUAAAUGGCGAAAACUCUUUACCAGUCGAAUUAGUUAGCGUCAGUGGUUUGUAGUCAGCUGAUGACGUACAAAGUGUAUAAAAUAAGACAAUGUUUGAGUCUUUAUGUUGUAUGUGCAACUUGUACAUAAAGCAUUUUGAACCGUA